UUUUAUAUGUAAGGCAUUUUUUUUAAUUCAUUGAUCAAUUUAUCUAUCAUCACCUCAUCACUUAUAUCCUUUCUUUUUCCUUCUUAUUCAUGGUGCUCACUACCCCUCGUGACAUGCCAUGGCCAGUGGCAGUGGAUGGCAGCACUGCCAGUAGUGCCAGUGUUUUAAUGGUGUUUUAAUGUAAAUAUUUAGUGGGUCCAUAAAUGCUUGUGUAUUUCUAUUCAAAUAAUUUGUAUUAUACGUUGUCAGUUGAUAAAAAUAGUGACACAAAUAAGUAAAAAUGGCAGAAACGUCAUUUUUGAAACCUCCAGACACAGAAUCACUGAAUUACACUCAAGAAAUUCGACAGAUGAUGCAUGGGUUUGGUGACAGCAGUGAACCAUUGUAUGAAUCAGCAAAGAUCAUAGAAGAUGUUGUGCUGCAACAAAUGAAAACAAUUGUCAAGAAAGCUUGUGAAAUUGCAGACAGAGACGCCAGUUCAAAGAAAAUCAAUAUCAUUAAUGGAGAGGACCUUCUCUUUCUAAUGCGUAAAGAUAAGGUCAAGCUUCAACGUAUUAUGAAAUAUCUUCAACUCAAAGAAUUAGGAUCCUCGGUUCAAAAACUUAUUAACUCGAAUGAUUCACCGCAUAAUGUCACGGAAACUGAAAAAGUAGACGGUACUUCGAAAAAAAUGCCAUUUCAGAAUUUUCUGGAACAGAUUGACAACACAGGUGAACUUCUGGAAAAUUCAGCCUCCAUGGACGAAGUUAAACGACGUAGAUGCAUCCGUGCGGACAUCGCAUCGAGGUCCAUGGAUGAGACGCAUUACAUGAAAUUCAGCAAGGCGCGUCGCGUAUCCUUCGCAAACAAAAAUCGCCACAAAUUUAGCGAUUGGAUUUGCUUGGAUGGUGACAUGACUAUGUCGAAGCAAGCAUACACAAUUUUAUCUUACCUUGCGUACGAAACGGUUGCUCAAAUUGUUGAUCUCGCCUUCUUAGUUCGGCAAGAUCAGGGUAAAAUGCACGGCGAUGCUAUAGAUCGGCAACGAUUCAAUUAUGUCAAUCCAUACACAUUUAAGCGCUAUCACAGCAAGAAUUUUGUAAUGAAAGCAUUAACUCCUUCGGAGAUAACUGAAGCCCUCAGGAGAUAUUGGUCUCCACAGCUAGAUAUGACAGGCCCGUUUAAUCGAUGGUCUAUGAGAAAACCACAUUUGAAACUCCUUUCGUGUUAAAUGUAAAGGUCUGAAGAAGGCUUUCUACUUAGGAUUGGACUGGACCCACCACCAAUAUUUCGUAUGAGAUUCCUCAGCGUCUUUGGAUUUUCCAGUAACGGCGACUCUCUAUUAUUUAUAAAUAUCAAUAAUAUUAUUAAAAUAUAAAAUCUUUUUUUACAUAAGCUAA